UUGCAACCUACAUAGUUUGUAUGUAAUGUUGUAAUGUUUGGAGUUUGUUUUACUGAAUAAACAGAUGCUGGAUCCCUCAAAAGUUGCCUCUUAAAAAGGUAAUCUUUAAGAGACUAGUUGUAAGCAAUGGCAUCAGCAGAAGGGAAGGCACCUUAUGCCGCUAAGUGUUUUACUCAAGAUUUCCGGAUUCCCCUAAAUACUUCGGACCAUCCUUCACCAGUUUCAAAAAAAUUAGUAUCUGAUUGGAUUCCUUGUGAUUCUACUAAUGACCAAAUUCAUGCCAAUUCAGUUUGCAUGUCCCAUGAUCUGAAUUCUGAUCAACUACCAGAAAUGAAAUGGUGGCUACAUGUGAAGAGUGAUAUGGGUGAUGAAACAAAUUAUAAUUCCUACGAGUCUGAAUUUGGUGCAUUCUAUGCUGAAUUGCUUAAUAGAAGUGUCAAGAGUGGGACAGAUCAAUUGGUCAAAGACUUCGAUACUUUGUCUGAUUUGGAAAGUGAUAAUUUAUCUGUAGAGCACCCGCGGCAUGUCUCUCCUACAUGUAUGAAAAACAGCAAUGCAAGAAUGCCAAAAUUUGAGGCUUCACUGAAUACUGAUUUAAAUCUUACUCCUAAGAAGAAAGAUCAGGGGGAACUAUGUUUUUCAGACAGUCGUUUUAUGGAUUGUGAUAUUUCCAAUUUCUUGGUCUCUGAACAAGUUAAGAUGACAUCAUCUGAUAUAGAAUCACAUUUGAUGGGAGAUGAGGAAACUGGCCCUUGGUGGCGCACUGCUGGAAAAGAUGAAUUGGCUUCCUUGGUUGCUCGAAAGUCACUUGAUCAUAUUGAGAAUUGUGAUCUCCCUCAUCCCCAAACUAAGCAUGUUAGUCAGAGGCCUCCCUACCCUAAAGGUGUUGACCAUGAUAAGAUUCUACCAUCAUCUUUGAAUCGUAAAACCGAGUCUGGUUCUUCUGAUGCAGAUGGUUAUACAACGGGAAUAUCCACGUCUGACUGCUCAUUUCAGGAUUCAAGUAAGCUUUCCAGUUUCAUCCAGAGCACAGAUUCUAGUUCAAGCAACAAAGGAUGGCACACAAAUUCUGAGAACAGUAGCAUGUCUGAGCUAUUGAAAGCUUUGUGUUACUCUCAAACAAGAGCAAGAGAGGCUGAGAAAGCAGCACAGCGAGCUUACAGCGAGAAGGAGCACAUCCUGAGUCUCUUUUUUCGACAGGCAUCACAACUCUUUGCUUACAAGCAGUGGCUCAACAUGCUGCAGCUGGAGAACCUCUGCCUGCAACUCCGAAACAAAAACCAGUCAUUGAUAAAUCUCUUUCCCGCAUCCUUACCCUGGUCCCCGUGUAGGGGAAUGCUGCUUAAGAAGAGUCAUGACAAAGCUGGGAAGCGGAAGAAUAGUAACAGAAGAUGUGGGAUUACAAAGUGUGUUGUUGCUUUUGCGGUGGGAAUAGGCCUUGCCGGUGCUGGCUUGCUUCUCGGUUGGACCAUGGGAUGGAUGUUUCCACCGUUAUAAAUUCCAUCUUGGUUAAGUUCAUGCUUCUGUUAUGAUUUUCUGGAAUUUGAGUUCUGUUGUGCAGAAAAGAUUCACAUGAGUGGAUAUACAAUGUUAUCCAUGGUUUCCAUGCCUACAUUUGUGUAUAUUCCUCAUACAUUUGAGACCAAUAGUUGUAUAUAUUCAAGAACAUAUAGUGUAGAAAUAUCCACGUCCACCUAUUGGGGAAAGGCUUAGUCGUGGCUGUAGUGCAAGAAGAAUACGUUUAGUAGAUAAGUAUAAAGUU